UGGACUAGAAGCAAACUAGUGCGUGUUGCGAGUGUAUGUGUGCGAGCAUUGUUGUGGAAAAUUGUUUAACAGUUACGCUGUAAGAGAAAGAAUAUGUAAAAUGGGCCAGAAAAACAUUGUAACAGUGACACAAGAGCCAUAAUUGAUAUUGCAAGUGCUGAACGAAACGAAAGGAUACACAUACAAAAGUGUGGAAAGUGGAAGGCGUUACGAGCGGAGUAGGAGCGGCGACCAAGCGAGGAGGGACUGCGGAUACUAAGAUACAGCGAAAGAAUGGCUUAAAUAUGAACCUAUGCGUGAUUGGAGCUGGAGUGGUCGGACUGACAACCGCCCUGGAGCUGCAGCGGGAGUUUCGAAAUGCAAACAUCACCAUAGUGGCCGACCGAUUCGAACAAGACACCUGCAGCGAUGUAGCAGCUGGACUGUUUCGCCCUGGGACCAGUUUCUGCGGACCGACGGAGGAUAUCACUAGGAAAUGGAUUUCCGAUGCGUACCGCUACUGGGAUGACAUUCGCAAAACGGAGGAGGCUUCCGAUGCUGGAGUGGCACAACUUUCUGGAUAUAUUUUCUCCAGCACGGAUCCGGCGAUUGUAAGGAACCACUACAUUGAGAAAGUGUUACCGUUGUACCGCUCGGCAACUGAAUCGGAACUAAAGCUGUGCCCAGGCGAAUGGAAAUAUGGAUCCUUUUUCACCACGGUGCUAACUGAAUGUAGGCUGUUCCAGCCAUGGGCAACCAAAAAGUUCCUACGCAACGGCGGCCAAAUCGUUACGGAGAAAAUCGACGGUUUUCCGAAUCUGAGCGGAAAGUACGACGUUGUUGUGAAUUGUACCGGUAUGGGUGCGAAAAAUUUGUGCGGAGAUCACAAACUGGUUCCAAUUCGGGGACAAGUGAUUAAGGUGAAAGCUUCCUGGGUCAAGACAGCCUUCUACGCGGACUACGAUACCUAUAUUAUCCCCGGUUUUCAGGGUGUCACCCUUGGAGGCUGUCGUAACUUCGAUAGCUACAAUUCAGAACCCUGCAAGCAUGAUUCAGCAGCGAUCAGAGAAAGAUGUGAAGCACUGCUGCCUAGCUUGAAAGGAGCUCCGGUGAUUAGGGAAGCAGUUGGAUUAAGGCCCCAUCGAGACCCGGUGCGUGUGGAAACUGAACUAGUGGAGUUCGCCAAUGGUCGUUUGAAAGUGGUCCAUAAUUACGGACAUGGGGGCUAUGGAGUGACCACUGCUCCAGGAACGGCCAUUUACGCCACACGAUUGGUUUCGGAUGUUUUGAAGAGCAAUAGUAAGUUGUAAAAAUAAAACAUUGUUCAUUUUACCCUCAGGAUUACUUAAUAAAUAUUGCAUUUUAUAAUCA